UAAAUUUCAUUCUAUAACAAAAAAAAAGUGUAAACAUAUCCAAAAUGAUUGGACUAAAGUUCAUCUCUAUGGCUAAGCCUCGCAAAAUACUUGCAUCUUCAUCUCCACCCACGGACCCUUCACCUUUUCUUCCUUCUCCUUCUCCUUCACCUUCUAAUAACUUAAACGCGCCACUCCUCAAAUCCCAACCAAGACUGGAGCUGCAGAAGAAAAAGAAGCAGAAUCAAAGGCGACUUUCAGUUGCAGAGAUUGAAAGAGCCAUUGGUGCUGGCAUUUUCCGAGACAGAGAUACCAGCAGGGAAGCAAAGGAGAGCAAGACUUUGUUUGAUUCAAUUUUGUCAAAUUCUGUUGGGGAGAAUGAAGGAGAUGUGGAAAAGAAGCUAAGGGAAACUGGUGAAUGGCUUAUUGAUAAAACUGAAGACACAUCUGCCUCUGCUGGAAAGAAAAUUUUAGUUGUGGUGUUCAAAUGGAUUCUACCCUUGUGGAUUCUUGCAUUUCUUGUGGCUUCUGGGAUGGUCAAUCUACCAUUUAGCACCCCAUUUCUUGAUGACUUACUUCUGUAACUCAUACAGACUUUAUGUUACUUCCUCUUUUAUUUAUAAAAUACUAGUUUCUCGGCA